GAAGUUCUCAAAAUCAUCUCCAUGUCUGACUGACGGAAGGAGUGUGCGCCUCGGAUGCUCUAACGCCGUCGGCCGGCCACCGCGGCCCGCGGGAUCGAUCAAACGAGCAACGGCAUGAAUCCCAUUUCCCUCCUCCUCAUUCCUGGCGCACGUCCCUCGGUCCUGCUUCCGCUCCCGCUCCCGCUCCGCACCUCCGCCUCGGCGCCCAACAGCGCCAGAGCAGCAUGCGCCGCCCGCCUCGCGCCCACCCGGAGGCAGCGCGCCCGGUUGUCGCCCCCGGUCUCGGCCGUGGCGGCGGAGACACUGUCCGGCGUGGAGGACUCGGAGGGGCGGUUCGACUGGCUGGACCAGUGGUACCCGUUCGCCCCGGUGUGCGACCUCGACCCCGGCGCGCCGCACGGCAAGACGGUGCUGGGCCUCCACGUGGUCGCCUGGUACGACCGCGCCGUCGACGACUGGCGCGUGUUCGACGACGCUUGCCCGCACCGCCUGGCGCCGCUCUCCGAGGGCCGCAUCGACGGCAAGGGCCACCUCCAGUGCGUCUACCUCUACCACGGCUGGUGCUUCGACGGCCGCGGCUCCUGCCAGUUCAUCCCGCAGGCCCCCGCCCUCGGCCCACCCGUGCACAAGAACAGCAAGGCGUGCGUGGCGUCGUACCCGAGCGUGGUGCAGAACAGCGUGCUGUGGUUCUACCCGAGAGCCGAAGCCGAGCACCGGGACGUGCUGCGGAGGAAGCGCCCGCCCUUCUUCCCGCAGAUCGACGACCCCUCCUACGACACCCUCAUCAGGGACACCCCCUACGGGUACGAUGUGCUGGUGGAGAACCUCCUGGACCCUGCUCACCUCGCAUACGCGCACAAGGGGUUGAUGAGGGAGCCACCUGCCAACGCCCCUGACGUGUUGGUGACGGGCAAGCUUCGCAGCAAGGAAGAUCCCGGAAGAGUUGAGUUCGACGUAGAGGGCGGCCAGCCGGUGAAGAUGAAGAUAGAGGAGGCGAGCGUGGACGGGUUCCUGUCGCCGCAGGAGAACGGAGGCUACUACCGCUACACCGCGCCGUUCAUCAUCUGCAUCUCGUCUCUUCCCGGAGAGGCCGAGGGAGAGGGGAAGGAAAAGAAGAAACCUCAGUUCACGCAGGUGUUCAUGUGCAUCCCAGUGUCGCCGGGGAGGAGCAGGCUGAUCACCUCUUAUCCGAGGAGUGCCGGCGUCUGGCUCGACAAGAUCAUACCGCGGUGGUACCACCACAUUGGGGUGAACGCCGUCUUGGACUCAGACACUUACCUCCUUCACGUCGAGGAGCGAAACUUGGCAGCCGCUGGUGCUGAGAACUGGCAUAAAGCCGUGUACGUGCCUACGUCGUCGGAUGGCAUGGUUGUCGCCUUCAGAAACUGGUUCAGAAAGCACUGCCAGAACCAGAUCGGUUGGGCUGCCCCAGCUGUCGAUCAGCUUCCGGCGACUCCAACCAAGGACAAGCUCAUGGAGAGGUACUGGUCACACGUCGCCCAGUGCAGGAGCUGCAGCGCGGCGCUGAAGGCCAUGAAGGUGCUGGAGGAGGCCCUACAGGUCACGGCAGUCGCGGUAGUCGUGUUCCUUUCUGUCGCCAAGGGCACGCUAGCGAUGACGGUCGUAGGUAAAACCGCUGCCGUGUCCUUGGCUAUGUUGUGCUUCGCUGCGUCCCGCUGGCUCGCAAGCUUCAUCGAGAAGAACUUCUAUUUCCAGGAUUACAUCCAUGCUUACAAGUGAAGACAGAAGACAUAUUAUGUUGUGCCAUUUGCUGAUAUGAUUUGAUCGAUGUAUAAAAGCCUGUCUCAUCUUGGCAUGGCUACUCUUUCCAGAGGCAAGACCAUGAUGUGUGCAUGCAGCAUUGCAGUCUGGGUGACUGGGGAUUUGGUUACCCAUGUGAUACUGAGCUUAUGAGUUUAGAUAUGCUGAAUUGAGACAAUGUUUGGUAAAUUGCAUACAGAGUGAGAUUUGGCCACCUCAUCUUUUAGAGCACACACACAAAAAGGAAAAACAGAGAUGAGGCAGCUGUUCUGGAGAGUCUGAAUCGAAGAGUUUUCCUCCAUCCAACGCAUACUCUGUCUCUAGUUUUUUCAUCUAGUUUCUGUUCAGUCCGUGGGUGUU